AUGGUCAUUGAUACAGAUACUAACAGCUCCAAGCAAGAUUGUGUAUUGAGUAGGUCCAGGGCAGCAAGACCAUUGACCUAUACGUUACCCACAUUUGUUGAUACAGAAAGAAACAUAACAGCAGAAGUUGGUCAAACAGCAAGAUUACCUUGUGUACUUAAAAACCUCGGCCCUAAAAUGGUGAUAUGGAAGAAAGUUGAUCAAGUUCAUCCAAUUUCCAUUGGAAAUUAUAUAUAUGUGCCAGAUAGUGACUAUUAUGUUGAACAUGAAGAAACUACAAGCCCCACUUCCACUUCUGAAUGGAAUUUACGCAUUAACAGUGUUAAACUACAUCAUGCAGGAGUUUAUGAAUGUCAAAUAAGUGCCAAAGAAGAUAUAAUGCGUAAUAUAACAUUGAAUGUUGUAGAGCGUAAAAAAGGGAAUCCAGGUAUAGAGCUUGGUGGUACAUUGUUUGUUGAAAUAGGAGCAGAAAUAAAAUUAAAGUGUUCAGCUUCGGCAAUAGACUAUUUACCACUCGAUGUUGAUUGGUUUAAAGACGGUUUAAAAAUACGACCAAAAACGGAAAGUCGUGUGUCAAUAAGUAAAUAUCCUUCUCGAGAGACAAAUACUUUAAAUAGUACAUUAGUUAUAGAACAUAGUACUAUGGAUGAUGCAGGUACCUACGUGUGUCGUAUUUCUAAAAGACAUGUGGCCAGUCUCAAGGUUGUGGUGCUAAAUGCGGAGACAAUAAAUGUUAAACGUGGUAAGCCAAUCUUCCUUCUGAUCCCUUUUAAAAAUAGUCUCAUGCAUUAUUAUGCUGCUGAAAAUUAG